UGACAGCCGAGACCCUAAUGUCUCUGAAUUGCAGUCUUACUCUGUCAUCCAGACCCAGACGACGCCAUGUCUCUUGUCGAAUCAGAAUUCUUCAAGGAUCCGAACCCGUACCUGAACCAGGUCCCGCCGGAGGAGGACGACAAGAUCCAGGCUCAUGGAAAACACAAGGCUGCUGAAGACUCUCUGUCUCAACUUGAAGUAGAGGAAGAAGAGGAAGAAGAUGAAGAAGGAGAAGAAGAAGCAGAAGAAGAAGAAGAAGGAGAAGAAUUUGAGUUGUGUGAUGUUUGUUUGAAGGACAAGGAACACUGGACGGAUGAAUGCCCGUACUUGGUUUGUAUCCCAAACCCAAUGGAAGUAACUCUUGGCAAAGGUUAUUAUAUGGUUUGUGUGGACUGUAAUGUGUCGGGUGGCCACUCUGAUAUAGUCGGUACACAAUGUAAUGUGUGGGGUGGCCACCCUGAUAGGAGGUGGAAAGGACGUGCUAUUGUCAAGGUCUGCGGUAUUUGUGCGGGCGUACGCCACUGGUCUGCAGAGUGCCCAAAUAAGCACUUACUACAAAAGCAAAAGAGUCUGUUGGAGUGUGCUGCUGAAUAUCGGUCUUGGUUGGCUACCAAAAAAUGUCAACCUGCUUGAUUUGAUGAAUCAUAACUUCUAGCACAAACAUAUGCACUGAUUUUUUCUCUCUAAAAUCAGUAUUAAUAUAUGUAUGUCGGCUAAUCAUUAUUUGGAACACAAACUUAUGCAGCGUUUUUAUCUAUGAAGUAAAAUCAGUAUUAAUAUAUGUAUGUUGGCUAAUCAUCACUUGUAUAAGGAAUCUAUUUAUAAAUAAUAUAGUUAGUAAUCUCUCAUUCGCUACA